AAUUUUUAAAAACACAGAGAGAGAGAGACUUUCGAGACAGUUCCCCCAGUCUCUACGAUAGCACGGUUAUACUAUCUCAGCAGUAUGGUAGGAGUUGCCACUAUGAUUCCUGGAUGCUCGGUUUAUUGCGGUGGUCGUGUUUAAAUAGUUACAGCCCGUGCUACCACACAGGUUAUUCUCCGCGCAGGAGGAAGGCAAAGCGCUGUGCAGUCUGUGGAUUCGUUAGGGCGUGUCCCUUGCGCAGUGGAGACUCCCGUGGCUAAAUGCAUCCGGCUUAGUCCCUCCGUACUACUAUUACAUGCCUACAUUAACAGCAGCCACAGCAGAGAGUUCGGGGAGGCGGUUGCAGCCCCUCGGGUAGUCCAGGCAGGAGUUAGUGAGGACGCCAGGAGGAAGUAGAGCUCCGCGCUGCACGGUCGCCACUCCUCUGCCUUUACGCAGGGUCCAUCGGUGCUUUUCGCGCUGACAACGGCACCUUAUUUUUUUAACCCCCGCAUAAACUCGCAGUAAUGUAUAAAGUGUGGAGGAAACUCGUUUUCACCGAGGCCCAGUGCCUGAGCGACGAGGCCACGAAGAAUUUCCAGGAGUUGUUUGAGAAGUUGGACGUUAACAAAGAUGGCAGAGUGGAUAUCGCAGAACUGAAGGAGGGCCUGUCUGCAAUGGGCUUCGUCAUGGGGACAGACGCGGCACAGAAAAUAGUUUCCUCAGGGGACACUGAUAACGAUAAGCAGCUGGACUUCCUGGAGUUUUCCAACUACCUUAAGGAACAUGAGAAGAAGCUCAACUUGACCUUCAAGAGUCUGGACAAGAACAAUGAUGGCCGCAUCGAUUACACGGAGAUUCAGCAGGCACUUAAGGAUUUGGGAGUGAGCAUCUCGAAGGAGAACGCUGAGAAGAUCCUCAAGAGCAUUGACGUGGAUGGCACUAUGACAGUGGACUGGAAUGAGUGGAGGGAGCACUUCCUGUUUAACCCAGCCACAGACCUGCAGGAGAUCAUACGCUACUGGAAGCACUCCACCGUGUUGGAUAUCGGGGACAGUCUAACUAUCCCUGAUGAGUUUACUGAAGAGGAGAAAGCCACAGGUAUCUGGUGGAAGCAGCUGGUUGCCGGGGCGAUGGCAGGGGCCGUCUCCCGCACAGGCACCGCCCCUUUAGACAGGAUGAAGGUCUUCAUGCAGGUGCAUGCUUCAAAGUCCAACGAAAUCAGUCUGAUUGGUGGAUUUAAGCAGAUGAUCAAAGAGGGCGGGAUCACGUCUCUGUGGAGAGGCAACGGGGUCAACGUCCUGAAGAUCGCCCCGGAAACGGCCAUCAAGUUCAUGGCAUACGAGCAGUACAAGAAGCUUCUGUCUAAAGAGGGUGGGCAGGUGAAGACCCAUGAAAGGUUUAUGGCUGGGUCUCUGGCCGGGGCCACCGCGCAGACCGCCAUCUACCCCAUGGAGGUGAUGAAGACAAGACUUACGCUGCGGAAGACGGGCCAGUAUUCCGGAAUGUUCGACUGCGCCAGGAAGAUCCUGAAGAGGGAGGGAGUGAAGGCCUUCUAUAAGGGCUACAUUCCCAACAUCCUGGGUAUCAUUCCCUACGCCGGCAUCGACCUGGCUGUUUAUGAGACUCUAAAGAAUACCUGGCUAUCACGCUACGCAAAAGACUCGGCCAACCCUGGAAUUCUGGUUCUACUGGGCUGUGGAACCAUCUCCAGCACCUGUGGGCAGCUGGCCAGUUACCCCCUGGCCCUGAUCCGCACACGGAUGCAGGCGCAAGCGUCUCUAGAGGGCUCAGAGCAGGUGUCCAUGAGCAAGCUCACGAAGAAGAUCUUCGAGAAGGAGGGUUUUUUUGGCCUGUACCGCGGGAUCCUGCCCAACUUCAUGAAAGUCAUCCCUGCUGUCAGUAUCAGCUACGUGGUGUACGAGUACAUGAAGUCUGGCUUGGGCAUCUCCAAGUGAGCUGUGCGUGUGUGCGUGUGUGUGAGCGUGUGUGUGAGAGAGAAUAGCAUGUGGAGUGACAGAGCAGUGUAAAGGUAUGUAUGUACCAGGCAGUCGUGUGGGGAUGGCCCGAGUGCAUGCCUGCCUCUAUACUGAGUCGUCUAAUACUGUUUCUAUUACUGUUUGUCAACUGCACAUUAUUCCUGAAAUGUCUUCCAGUGCCAGGAUGUGAGUUUCCCAACGCAUCACAACAUUCCAAGUUAUCUGGAAUACCCCUAGCAGAUGGGCAGUUGGUUUUAUAUGUAUCUUGUGGAAUAUGCAGUUGCUUGUCAGAUAUCUGAGAGUAUUUUACAUUUAUACGAAUUGUAGGUAGUUAUCAACUAUAAAGAUUUUGAGGUGUGAUUUUAGUUAUGCCAAAAAUUGCAAGAUCAAAAGGUCUUUUAUGGGUUAUGGGGUUUCAUUUUUGGUUGUUUGUUUAUUGCAACAGCAGCAGGAUAAUUUCUUGCAUGUUCUCUAAAAAUAUUUGUGAUAUUAAUUUUAGGUCACAUCGCACAGUUGGUAAUGUCCCCCUCUGCUCAGGGGGUGCUGUUUAACACACCUGAAUCAGUGCUCCUGAUGACCUUUCGCUGCAAGGCAUUUUGGGAAAUGUGCCUAGUGCACCAACAAAACAAGACACAGGCAUAUUUAGUUCCAUUAUUGAAUAAAAAAACCACUCAGUCUAAGUUUCCUCAGGUUUACAUGUUUUUUUAAUGCUUUAACAUACAGAUCUUUGCUCUGGAUGGCAAACGUCCAGCAUACACUCUCAACUCACUUGAUGUGUUUAGAAACACUUCUUUAUUAGAAGCAUCUGGUAGGUGCACCAGUAAGAGUCUACAGCCUGUCUGCUGCCUGCACAGUUUGAGUCUGUGGUCUGAGCACAGGAGUGCUGUUGCCGGGACGAUCCUGAGUGCAAGACCAAGCUCAACCCAGCAGUGUCACUGACACGCGUGACAGUCUGUAACAAACAUAUAACAAACAUGUAAGGAGCCAGACCUGCUCACAUCAGCACAACCCCCCAUCGUGUGUGGUGACCUGUGCUCAGCAGCACUAGGGGUGCAGCCUGCAACUGUGUCAAAGCAGAACAGGUGUUUCUAAGAAAGGGACUUGUGAGUGUAUGGUGUCUGUACUCUGAAAUGCAAAAAUAUGCAAAACAUCUUGUCCAUAUGUUGAUGAAAUAAUAACUGUUGGCUGUGUUCUUGCUGUUCUGUUGGACAGCACGUCGCUGCUGUUUGAGACGUAUGUGUGCCUUAUUUACUCUGCAGACUGUCUGUGAAUUGGCAGAAAUUGGCAGGUUGCUUUUUUAUCUCCUGAUGUUUACUUAUAUUACAAUUCCCCUGUUUACAUUAAAGUUAAAAAAGAAUAUGCCAAUAAAUUUGGUCUUUUUUGUGUUGUGUGAUGUGCAUGUAGCUAAAUUAUAAAAUGUAGCCUCUUUAUAAGCAACUUCCCAGGACGAAAGGACAUAUCAGGUAGAGGUUGACGUCACACCCUUUGGCCAGGGAGUGCGUUAUGAUGUAUGUAAUGAUGUCACACCCUUUGGCCAGGAGGUGCGUUAUGAUGUAUGUAAUGAUGUCACACCCUUUGGCCAGGGAGUGCGUUAUGAUGUAUGUAAUGAUGUCACACCCUUUGGCCAGGGAGUGUGUUAUGAUGUAUGUAGUGAUUCCUUCAACUUGAGGUCGACUCCCAAAGACCUGCUCAGUAUAAAAACUUGCAGGCCCUCGCUAUGUGAAGCCAAUUGACGGCCAUCUUCUACUGCCCUCUACUGGGGUGAAGGUUUAGUGUCGUUUAAACAGUUCCGUCUACGUGAAUGCAAAAGAACGCGUUAGGAAUACAAAUACCAUUAGAGUAAAGCUUGUAAAGUGUUUAAUGGUGGUUUUGCAGUGCUAUUUUCAUACACGUAAUCAUACUGAGGUUCACUGGAGAGAGAAUUUUUUUCAUGUUUCCUGAACAACCCAGAUCAAGCUAGUGUUUGCUUUAGUUUCAAACUCAGCAAACUGAUGCAGAGAAGCAAGUCAUUGUCGUCUUCCCUUUUUUAUUAAAACAAUCCCUUCAUCUGUCAUGCGUGCAUAGACUACUGAGCCCUGACGUGAAGGACAUCUCAAAAACGACAUUUUGGGUUUCUGUAAUAGGACUGAUUGUUAAAUGAGAUACAAGCGUCUAUCGGAGCCGG